GUUCAGCAGUGAGUUCGUGUUAUGUUGAGAAAAUCAUUCGUUAAAGAAAUAUGUUGUAUUUAUUAGAGUUUUGAUUUUAAUUACUCGCUAGAACCGGGAUUUGUGCAAUCUGGAUUAGAAAAAUGAUCAGACCAGCUUCGUUAAUCCGUGAUGACGAAGAUCGUUUGCCUACGAUUCAAGCCAAUGCGAAUAAUAUACGAACGGAAUCGAUCGAUUGUGGAAUUCGGGCGUGCAAUUGCUGCAAUGGACCCGGAUGUCAAAGGUUGGGUACUUCGACGUCUUUCCUGAUUAUUCUGUCGCUGACAGGAUUCGUCCAGGGGGGCGUCGAAUCGUACUUUAGGGUGGCCGCCUUCCAAGCUGCGAUAGAACUAGACUGGGAUCCGGUUAUCGUGGAUUGGUUGCUCGUUUCGGCCGGCAUUUCGAUGGGCGUUUUCGCCCUGAUCAUCGCCUAUUGGGGCAAUCGAAUACAUCGGAUCUCGUGGCUGGGGGGAAUCUUCAUGAUACAGGCCGUAGGAUUGCUCAUGCUCAUUAUACCCACGCUGACUCACAACUCCUCCGAAUCAGAUACAAUUGGUGCAUUGCAAGUGGACAAUGUGUGUGAGUUACAACAAUCGGCGGAAAUGCAGGAUGAGAAAAUGCACGCCAUCACGACCUUGGUGUUGCUAUUUGUGGGCCAGGCUCUAAUCGGUAUGGCUAAUAUUGUGUUCUACUGUUUGGGCAUGAGCUAUCUAGAUGACAACCUCAGGGAACACCAAAGUCCCAGUCACAUCGGAUGUGCCCUGGGUGCUCGAAUUUGGGGCCAACAAUUCGGCCUAGCGAUCGUUUUGGCCGUUGGCGCUACGCCUCUGGGCUGGUGGCUGGGAUGGGUGAUCAUUGGACCGAUCGUUUUCGUCCUUGGAUUUUUGUUGGCCCUUUUUCCGAAGCGCUUACUUUCUACGCUCGUGCGUCAGGCGGCAGAUGACAUCAUCGAAACGGCAACCAACAAUAGCACACAAUCGUUGGCUGGCCAUAAAUGGCUUGCCGAUAUUGGCCUUGCGGCAUCCCUAAAACGCAUCUUCACCAACGGGAUUUUGAUUUUCAACAUACUGGCGCUAGUUUUCGUGCAAACCGGUAUGAUCAAUUUCAACGCACACGAGCAGAACUAUCUGCAGUCGCGAUUCUUUCUUCCGACCUCCCACGUCAAUGGACUGAAUGACGAGUGGACAUCGCGGCUGAUUACCAAUUUGCUGAGGCCGCCUGUCGUUGCCCUGGCCGUCAUUUUAGCCGGGUUGAUAAUUGCUAAAGCUAACCCUAGCCCGAGGAAACUGGCCGCGUGGAAUGUCUUUGUAGGAUUGGUCGCCGUGGGACUUUUCAUUGCAUUUAUUUUCAUCUCCUGUGACAACGAGCAGAUUGCCGGCGCCCGCAAAAGUCGGCUGACCAAGACGUAUUGCGCACACGAUUGCGUCUGUCCGGAUAAUGUCCCAUUCUCACCGGUUUGUCCGGAGGAAGGGAUUUUUACGUAUUUUUCACCGUGCCACGCCGGAUGUCAAAAUAGGACCGAAAUCAACAAUGUGAUCAUCUAUGAAAACUGUUCCUGUGGGGCUGCGACGGAUUUGUUCUUGAAAGAAGGUGUCCGAGCAACUGAGGGUGCCUGUGGGAUGGCCGACUGUCAGAAGUAUUGGAUCAUCUUCCAGGUUUUGACGGUGGUUGUAUCGGGCCUGCUGGCUUCUGCCAUCGUCGGCAAGUUCAUCAUUUCCGUUCGAGCCGUGCUUCCUCAGGACAAAUCACUUGCUCUGGCCAUGGAGCUGACACUUGUAGGGCUAGUGGCCUAUCUGCCUGGAACGGCAGCCUACCAGAUGAUUGCCUUUGAAUUCUGCCAGCUUUGGUCCACCGAUGAGCGAAGAUGUUUUAUUCACGAGACGCCAAUUUUCGGAAAUAUUAUCAACAUACUAACGGCUGUUCUGAUUGCCGUUGGAGUCGUUUUUGAAAUUUUGGUUUUCUAUUUUGUCAAAGAUUUACCCUUAUACGGCGAUGAUCCAGAUGAUGCCUACAGACCCAUUGAAAUGCGGCUGAUAUCGCAACAGGUACGGAACAGCUCACGUCAAACAACCUUCCCGGCAGAACCGGAGCUGCAACCUUUUUCGAACGUCGACGAUGAGCAGCUUCAGUUGCAACAGCCGGAUUUUGAGGCGCAAUCCAACAGCCUUAUUCGUCAAGCUUCAACGGUGCUUGCCCAUGACCCGCCUCACAUCAUCGAUUCGAUCCAAAACACCCAGGACACUUACCCCAGGAAUGCCCGCUCGGUAUCUCCAAUCGCGGGACCAUCCUUCCCAGCGAAUGCCGCAGUAUACGCCGAGGUCAUCCGACAGCUACCAACUCGUGCCGCUUCCAGCGAUCUGGACGAGAGUUUGGAUUUUAGAUCCACGAGUAGCUUGCCGCGGGACAAAACCGAUGACGACGACGACGAUACGGAUGAUUUCGAAGAUUCAAAAAUGGGUAACGGUCCUUUGACUAAUCUGAGAGACUAUUCUGGUAUGAAUCCGGCGCUCGUUGGUAGUACCAGCUCCAAAGUUCUAGAUUCCCCGCAGUCCAGUGUUGUCAGCAGUCCAGCCGGCUUCCGAUAUCCUUCAUCGAAAACGCAGGAUCGCAAUGGAAGGCCGUUGAGUCCGGAGACGGACUUUUAAAUCGAAGAAAUUAAGUAUUGUGUUCUAGUUAAGAUUUUGUUUUUAAGAUUUGUUGAAUAAAAUGACAGU